CCCAGCUAACCAUUUUACCCCUUCCCCUACUCAAAGGUAAUUUAUGUAAAUUUACCCCUUUCAAAAAAAAAAAUUAAUUAAACAAUAAUAAUAAUAAUAAAUGAAAAUAAAAUGAUAAACAAAGAACAAAACCCGAAUCCCUCAAAUCUUCAACCCACAAAUUCGCCGCCUACCCUUCCGAUCGCAGAGACUCUCAGCUCACUCACUCAUCAAGCAAAGGUAACAGAGAAGCCUACAUUUUGCAUUUCUCUUCGUUCACAAGAGCUCAUUUCUAUUUUUCAUUCAGAUCGCAGUUACAAACAUGGCCCAGAAGAAUCAUAGCAGCAACAAAAUGCAAAUGGCGAAGGGGAAGGGGAAGACUGCAAGUUCAUCCCCCGUCCCCACCAGGUGCUCCAAGUGUCAACAAUUCGUCAGGGAUAUCGAGGCACUCGUCAAGCACCAGGACCUCGCCAAAAGGAACAACAACAAAUGUCCUGUGGAGAAGAAAAAGUAGGUUAAUGCUUAGAAAUACAAUUUCAAUUCAGAAUUUCAAUCCAGUAUUCUGUUAAAAGUACUUUCAGUUUCUGAAAACAAAAUGUGAAUGAAAUUCUGUGGUAAGUGGGGUUUAAACUAGGUGUGUUCAAAUGGUUGAGUUACUUUCAUCAAAUUAACUACAAGAGGUAUGAAUGGUAUGCCUCCCUCUUAAAUGGAUAAAUCCCUUCCUCUUAAAGUUUGCUUUGCAAGAUCUAUCUUUAGAAAUGUUCGUAAUUUGUUUUACAUAUAAGUAAUAGUAUCUUGGUGCUUGUAAUGCUGGUGGUUGAUAGUAGUAGGAAAAGGUUCUUCCCCUGACAGAACCUGACUAAGAAAGGGUGUUCCCCUUUUAUUAUUGUAUAUUAUUACCAUUCCUUUCAACCUCUUAUAGGUUAUCUUCUAACUCUCACAUGUUUUUCCUUCAAUCUACCUUUCUUCUAUUUUUUCCUCGUGAAACAGUUUAAUCUUCAGCUUCACAAUGCUAUGACUUUCAUGAAUGGAUGGCAUGUGAAUGAUUAGGCAAUAAGACUGAAUACAACCAUCAAAAUGCC